AUGAAGGGAGACCUAGACUAUUCUCCGAAACUAGAAACCGGUGAUGUCAAGCAUGUCUCCGGGCUUAGUACUAUACUGGUAGCAACAAUUCAGGAAGCAAAAGAUAGGAUUUCUCAGAUAGAAUACAUAUUCUGCAACCAGCUUUACCCGAAUUUCCAAACGAAAUCUAAGAGCUUGCAGAAGAUUUAUUUGGAUGCGGAAGGGGCAUGGAAAGAGAGGGAAACAGAUCUCUUGGAGCAAAUUGAGAAGCUUCGGGUUGAGAAGCAGGAAGUUGUUGAAGAAAACAAGCUUCUCAAGAUUGGGAAGGAAAAGUUGGUGGGGGAGCCGAAUGAGAAGGCAAAUGUGCUGCUUGCUGUGCUAAGAAAUAGAGAAUCGAGAAUUGAUGAGCUGGAACAGGAGGUUAUGAAGAAGUCUAAGGAAGUUGAUGAGGGGAUGGAAUUGCACAACAAGUUACUUCAAUUGCUUCAAACCAAGGCGGCUAUGAUUGUGGAUAAAGGGAGGGAAUUGAAAAGGAACGAGGAGAAAACCAAUGAGGUGCUUGUCAAAGCGAAGAGCUUAGAGAAAAAUGUGGAAGAGCUACAAGAGGAGGUUAGGAAGAAGACGGAGAAGGUAGCAGAGAAAACAGAGUUAGCAAACAGUUUGAGCGAGAAAGUUUUGUCUCUAUUGUCAUUGAUUGAGGAUAAUGAGAAGUUGAAGACUGAGAAGGAAGAACUUGUGUACACAGUGGAAUCUCUGGACGAGAAUCUUAGUGGACUUAAAAACAAGCUUAGGGAAAAUAUAGAAGAAAUUGAAGGGGGAAGAGUACUGCAAGCAGAAUUACUUCGACAAAUUGAUGUGAAUGCUGUGGAAAUCUUGAGGCAAAAAGAACAGUUAGAGAAGUCUGAGAAUGAUAAAAAGGUGCUUUUGGACAAAGUGAAUGGGUUAGAGGAGAAGGUCAAUGAGCUACAGGCAAAUCUCAGAAGCAGCAGUAAAGAGGCUGAAAGAAAGGUUUCGUAUGAGAAUUUACUUCAUCGAAUUGAAUUGAAGGACUCUGAGUUGCUGGCUGAGAAGACAAAGAUGAGGGAUUUGCAUGGUCUCUACAUGAAGUUGAGGUCUCAAUACAACUAUCUCUGCGCAAAGUCUGGUCUUACUACAAAGAAUAUGCUUAAUGACAAAUUAGAAGAUGAAAGUGGUUCCUUCAAGCAUCAACCGACAACUUCAACUGACUGCAGGAACAAAAAUGUUGAUGCAUCUGCCACAACUUGUGAGAUGAAAGAAGUGAAGACUGAAAAUGAAUUUAGUGAUGGUUUGGUGGAUGAUAAAGUUGUGAAACCAAUUCCAAUUGCUAACUUCAAAUCUCCUACUUGUGGUUUUGUUGCAUCAAAAUGUCCUUCCACUGUAAAAACUGCUCAAAUAAUUGGCGCAAAGCGACCAGCAUCUAGUUGGAUACAUACUAGAUCUCGUCAAGGCAAAGAUGGGCCUGACCCUCAUGAUGAUUUCCUUGAUACCCCAUUGGAGAACCUCAAGGCAGACUUGGACAAAGCCACGACGGAAGAAGUUCAUGAUAAAAACAUGGGCCCUGGCAGUUCAGAUGAUGAAACGCAGGAUAUAAAUGUUGAUCGUGAUCCAGGGGAGCAGCAGAUGCCAGUUCAGAUGGGUGGCAAAAGAGGUUUUAAGUAUGUUGAGCCAGUUCGAAAGAAAGCUGAGCGGCAAAAUUUGAAAGGAGUUGAAUGCAAGCAGUGCAAAAAUUCUACGAUGCAGUUCUUCCCAAUAACGGAGGCAAGUCUACUGGUAGUAAUAAGCAGAACGUCCGCUGUGAGCAUCAUGAUGGUGUUUCUAGGCAUCGAUAUAAUCGUGACCGGAUCUGGUCAUAGCAUAACUGGAUACUCGUCAAAUUCAGUUAAGGCCGAAAUUGCUUAA